GCGGCGGCGGCGGCGGCGGGAGGGGAGGGCCGGCGGGCGGCGGCGGCGGCAUGGCAGGUCGGCGGGUGAACGUGAAUGUGGGCGUGCUGGGCCACAUCGACAGCGGCAAGACGGCGCUGGCGCGGGCGCUGAGCACCACGGCCUCCACCGCCGCCUUCGACAAGCAGCCGCAGAGCCGCGAGCGCGGCAUCACGCUCGACCUGGGCUUCUCGUGCUUCUCGGUGCCGCUGCCCGCGCGCCUGCGGUCGGCGCUGCCCGCUCCCCCGGCGGCGUCCGGAGCCGAGCCCGAGCCCGGCGAGCCGCAGCUUCAGGUCACGCUGGUCGACUGCCCCGGGCACGCCUCCCUCAUCCGGACCAUCAUUGGCGGGGCCCAGAUCAUUGAUCUGAUGAUGCUGGUCAUUGAUGUGACCAAAGGGAUGCAGACCCAGUCAGCGGAGUGCCUUGUGAUUGGGCAGAUCGCCUGCCAGAAGCUGGUUGUGGUGCUGAACAAAAUAGACCUCUUAGCUGAAGGGAAGAGACAAGCAGCGAUUGAUAAAAUGACCAAGAAAAUGCAGAGGACCCUGGAGAACACCAAGUUCCGAGGUGCACCGAUUAUACCCGUGGCAGCCAAGCCUGGGGGGCCAGAGGCCCCUGAAACAGAAGCUCCACAGGGCAUCUCAGAGCUCAUUGAGCUCCUGACAUCCCAGAUUUCCAUCCCGAUGAGAGACCCCUCGGGACCACUCCUCAUGUCUGUGGACCACUGUUUCUCCAUCAAAGGCCAAGGCACUGUGAUGACAGGGACCAUCCUCUCAGGCUCCAUCAGCCUCGGCGACAGUGUGGAGAUUCCCGCCCUCAAGUGUAUUCUGAUGUCGCUGGGCCUCUCCAUUUCUUACCCCGCAGAAGGAAUGCUGCCAAAGAACUCCCCGCGUGUGGUGAAGAAGGUGAAGUCCAUGCAGAUGUUUCACAUGCCUGUCACCUCAGCCAUGCAGGGAGACCGACUGGGCAUCUGCGUCACCCAGUUUGACCCCAAGCUACUGGAGCGUGGCCUGGUGUGUGCCCCUGAGUCCCUGCACACUGUCCACGCAGCCAUCAUCUCUGUGGAGAAGAUCCCGUAUUUCCGGGGGCCCCUGCAGACCAAAGCCAAGUUCCACAUCACGGUGGGCCAUGAGACAGUCAUGGGCCGGUUGAUGUUCUUCAGCCCUGCCCCCGAUAGCUUUGACCAUGAGCCUGUGCUGGACUCCUUCGACUUCUCUCGAGAAUACCUCUUCCAGGAGCAGUACCUAGAUAAGGAUUUGGCACCAGCGGCGACAGAGAGUGAUGAGGCUAACAAGAAGACGGGCCAGGCUACAGAAGGCCGCUGCGCUCGGCAGCAGUGGGCCCUCGUGGAAUUUGAGAAGCCUGUCACCUGCCCUCGGCUGUGCCUGGUGAUUGGCUCCAGGCUAGAUGCGGACAUUCAUGCCAACAUGUGCCGACUGGCCUUCCAUGGCGUCCUGCUCCAUGGGCUGGAGGACAAGGACUAUGCUGAGAGCUUCUUGCCCAGGCUGAAAGUGUAUAAGCUCAAGCACAAACAUGGCCUUGUAGAACGGGUGAUGGAUGACCACAGCGUGAUCGGCCGCUCCCUGUUCAAAAAGGAGACCAACAUCCAGCUCUUUGUGGGCCUCAAGGUGUACCUAUCCACCGGGGAGCUGGGGGUCAUCGACAGCGCCUUCGGCCAGAGUGGCAAGUUCAAGAUCCACAUCCCUGGCGGCCUCAGCCCCGAGUCCAAGAAGAUUCUAACACCCACCCUCAAGAAGCGGGGCCGGGCCGGCCGAGGAGAAGCAGCCAAGCAGGAGGAGGUGGCCGAGCGGUCCGAGCCUGCGCAGCACGUGGCCCUCAGCCUGUCUUUCAAGCGUUACGUCUUUGACACCCACAAGCGCAUGGUCCAGUCUCCCUGAGUGUUCCAGUGACCUUGCCCAGGCCCCGGGCUGGGCUGCAUUGCCAAGUGUCCGACCAGAUGUGCCUCAACCUCCUUUAGUAUGUCCCUCCCCACGACCCUGCAGACACAGGCCCUAGGCCUGGCGCUAAGCCCCGGUGAAAAGCCUGGGGUUGCGGUGGCAGUGACACCAGGGCUGGGGCCCAGAGGGUCUGUCCCGGCACCCUCGCACCUACUAGGGGCCAGUGUUUCCCAGGCCGCCCAACUGGCAGCCAUGGGAGGGCCAGUCCACACCCUGCCCCAGGUGGCCUGGCACUUAACCAGCUACAAAUAAAUGUCCCACGGUGUCUGCCCACUCUGUUGGUCUCUGUGAUUUCAGCGGGAGGGGCCCCCCAUGCCUGUUCCCAAGGGGAAUGUCAAGGGGUUCAGCAGGGUUCCCGCCCAGAGAAGAGCUGGAGAGACCAGAACUCAGAGCCCAGUGGGAGUGGGCUGAGGAGUCCACAGGGUGUCAGGCCCCUAGGCCAGGCUAGGUGGCCCAUGGGGUCUCCUGGGCCUUGAGGGACAUGGGGGCGGGGGUCUCUGGACAGCCAAGUCCAGAGAGGGCUCCGCCAGGAAGGGGACCCAUGAAGUGCUGGGGAGCCAUGAGGUGCCCGGCCAGGGCAUCAAGACAGAGGCUGGCUGGAGGGAUUGCUUCCCCGGCCCCACACGAGCAGUCCCUAGGCUUCUGCCCUCGAGUCUGGGGCCCAUACUCCCCAAGGUGUGGAGGUGAGGGCAGGUGACAGAACACUGUGCAGAGCACCUUGUGGGCCAGGGACCGCGGGCACAGCCCCCUCCAAAGCCCAGGAAGCCCUACCCUUGCUCCUCCACCCUGGCCCACCCGCAGCCUGAGUUGUGGAUGCUCAGAAAAGGGUGGGAUGGCGAAACUAACUGAAUGAGAGAAAUCAAAACUUUGUAGGAUGUACAGAUGUUCCAGCGCUCCUUUAUUUGGCCUCCAAACAGAUGCAGAGGCUGCCCUUUCAUCCUGGUGCGUUAUGCUUUAAUUUGCAAAAGUGGCAUCAAAAGUAUUAACGGUGGGGGGCGCCUGGGUGGCUCAGUCGGUUAAGCGUCUGCCUUCGGCUCAGGUCAUGAUCUCAGGGUCCUGGGAUCGAGUCCUGCAUCAUCGGGCUCCCUGCUCAGCGGGACAUCUGCUUCGCCCUCUCCCUCCGCCUGCUGCUCCCCCUGCUUGUGUGCUUUCUCUCUGUCAAAUAAAUAAAUAAAAUCUUAAAAACAA